AUGGCGCAGAAGAUACAUGAAGUAGGCUGCGAAGUGAUGUCAAAUAAAGUGCCCAGCAAGAAGACACCAUCAUCAACCGAUAUCCUAGUGCAGUCACAGAUAGAAAUCCAGAGAGUGAAUACUGUACUUCUCAGUGUUUUGAUGGAAGUUGCGAAUGUUGCUGACCUUGACACAAACACUGCAAUCGCAAUGGCUGUGACUAAGACACUUGUCACAGAGGAUGUGUGUCCUUGGCUGUACAGUCCUUCCGAUGAAGUGCGCCUGGUUGAGUUUUUGAACAAGACGUGCUUGUGGGUGGAUCGGUACCUCACAGAGCUGGGAGUCAUACAGCCACACAAUUCCGACAAUCCUCAUCGCCGUUGGAUAAGCACCAGUACCACAUUCUUUCAAGCCAGAUCAGGGGUGGCGGCAUCAUCCAAGACAAGCAGGACUGGCGCUCGCAAGCCGGAUGUCACCCUUGUGACCAAUGACUCACAUGAGUGGUCAGAUGUCAAAUCUGUUAUCGAUGUCAAGUAUUCGCCACUCCGAGGCUCUUCUCAAGGCCUCCAAGGAGUACAUGGUAGAAGUUUCCUGGCUGGUCUUCACCAACCAAGUGCAUCGUCGCUUCUUUGGGACUUCGGCUUAGCACUGGACUUCUUGGAUGACUCGGAGAAAGCUUCGGAAGAGAAAAAGAAGUGGACUACAACGGGAACUUUCCCUUACAGUAGUGUCAACCGAGAACAUCCCCCCAAUAUCUGCCAUGAUUUGGAGUCAUUUAUUUUUCUCAUAUUUGUGCUCGGGGUGAACAUUAUGGGUCCUUACCAUCAACUUCAAGAUUGGCCUGUCCCUGUUCAUAAUACCGAUGCCAUAGAGACAGGGAUUUCCACCACAGUUGAUUCAGCCAACCUCACCGCAAAGAAGUUCAAACAUUCUAAUGCAGGUUGGGCCACAGCCGCUUCUCCAGAAUUUCUUGUGUGUUCUUGUGCAGUGCCUCAAUGGGCGAAGUUUGGCAUUUCCAACUUCCAAGACGAUGAAGUGAUAAUGCAAAAGGAGAACCUGAUGUGGGAUGCAUUUGAGCGUUCCCUUGAUCCAUACUGGAAGGUCGGCAACAUGAUGGCAAUAUGGAAGAAGAUCUACAACUUGCUGUGGCCUUUUCCUGCAGAGAAGUGCUGGGGGCUCACUCAUGCCAAGCUGAUCAAUGUCCUGUGA